AUGGGGUGUCUUGGGGCCCUCCUCUUCUUGCUGGGCAGCCUGGGAGCUCUUGCCCAGCGCUGUGAAAUGCCAGAGGUGGACAGCAAGAUAGUGGAGAUGUUGGGCCAGCGCCUCUUGCCCUGGAUGGACCAACUUUCCCUGGAGCAGCUGAAUCCCAGCAUCUAUGUGGGUCUUCGCCUCUCCAGUCUGCAGGCCGAGACAAAGGAAGCCCUCUACCUGCACAGCCUCAAGCUCCAUUACCAGCAGAGUCUCCUGGGGUCUGCUUCCAGUGGUGGUGAUAAUGAUGACUCCCAGGCCAAACCUUCCAUGGGUCAGCUGGCCCUCUACCUGCUUGCUCUCAAAGCCAACUGCGAGUUCGUUGGGGGCCAUAAGGGGGACAGGCUAGUCUCCCAGCUCAAGAGAUUCCUGGAGGAUGAGAAGAGAGCCAUUGGGCAUGAUCACAAAGGCCACCCUCACACCAGCUACUACCAGUAUGGCCUGGCCAUACUGGCCCUGUGUGUCCACCAGAAGCGGGUCCAUGAGAGCGUAGUGGGCAAGCUCCUUCAUGCCGUGGAGCACGACAGACCUGUGCACCAGGGCCACCUCUCUGUGGACACAGCAGCCAUGGCAGGCUUGGCCUUCACCUGUCUGAAACGCUCCAACCUCAACCCUGAUCAGAGAGAACGGAUCAUCCUGGCCAUCGGAACAGUGCAGGAGAAGAUCCUGAGGUCCCAGACACCUGAGGGCCACUUUGGGAGUGUCUACAGCACUCCACUGGCUCUGCAGUUGCUGAUGACUUCUUCUAUGCCUGGGGUGGAGCUGAGGUCUGUGUGCUACAAGGCGAGGACUGCCUUGCUGACCAGCUUGCAGAAUGAGGCCUUCCAGAAUGCUCUCAUGAUUUCCCAACUGCUGCCUGCCCUGAACCACAAGAGCUAUGUGGAUCUCAUCUCCCCAGACUGCCUGGCACCAAGAGCCAUACUAGAACCAGCUUUUGAGACCCCUUCAGACACCCAAGCCCCAGAGGUCAUCAGGGUCAUGUUGAUGGUCUCCAGUGUGUUGCCGCCGUACCACAACUCCAUCCCUGUCCCUGCUGGGUCCUCCUUGGAGGAUGUCCUGAAGAAGGCCCAGGAGCUAGGAGGAUUCACGUAUGGAACUCAGGCCUCCUUGUCCGGCCCCUAUCUGACCUCUGUGAUGGGGAAAGAGGUUGGGGAGCGGGAAUUCUGGCAGCUUCUCCAAGUCCCUGACACCCCCUUGCUGCAAGGUAUUGCUGACUACAGACCCAAGGACGGAGAAACCAUCGAGUUGAGGCUGGUUAGCUGGUAA